UUAAGCCGCCAUAUUACUUUUUCGUCACUGACGGCGGAAAUGUAAACUGUUGGUCUUUGGCUGUGUGCUGCAGUCGUCUGUGGUGCCAUUUAUAGUUUUACUGCAGUUUCGUUCAUGUGUCUCUGACCGUUAUGGCGGUUCAUUUUGAUGAGCGAAGUGGAAUAGUGCCGUGUCAGACCCCGUGGGGCUGCUGGUACCAGACCAUGGAUGAAGUGUUCAUUGAAGUCCAAGUGCCUCCAGGAACACAAGCCAGACAGAUCCGGUGCAAUCUCGGAAGCAGGGACAUAAUGUUGGCGGUUCAGGGGAAAGAUGUCUUUAAGGGAAAGUUGUUUGACUCUACAAUAUCUGAUGAAGCUACAUGGACAUUAGAGGACAGAAAGCUAAUAAGAAUAAUUUUAACAAAAUCUAAUCGGAGUGCUGGAAAUUGCUGGGCUUCUUUGCUGGAAGAAGAAUAUUCUGCUGAUCCAUGGGUUCAAGAUGAAAUGCAGAAAAAGCUUACACUAGAGAAAUUUCAGAGAGAGAAUCCUGGCUUUGACUUCAGCGGUGCAGAGCUUUCAGGAAACUAUAGCAAAGGAGGACCAGACUUUUCUUCGUUGGAAAAGUAAACUAUUUAUCCCAUGGAUGGAAAACUUGCAAAGUUAUAAAAUAAACUGUUUCAAUGUCUUGGCA